AUGGCUCUUUUAUCCUCCAAAACUCUCAUCAAGGCCCAUGCCUUGUGUUUGUUUAUCAUCGCCGUCUACCUAAUGCGAUCGCCCGAAUUCAUCACCGACUCCGAUAUCGUGUUUAUGCUGGGGGAGGUUCUACGCAUUGAUGCAGCCCCAUCGCCGUCGCGCCCACAAUCCUCCUUCGCCGCCUGCGGCAUCCUCCUAAUCGCCGAAGCCCUGGUCGACCUGAUUCUCGUGACGAAAGUCCCACCUCUCAACGAGGUCGUUGAGAUGGCCGAAGCAGCGCGCCAGCACUCCUCCAUUCCAGUCGCAGGAGCCAUGCGGACAAACCCCUUCCUUACCCGACUCGCCACCAUGUACUCGGAGAUCUGGACGCUGCUGUCCGCCUCGCGGUUCUGUCUUUUCUUCGCCGUGUCGUUCUUCAUCUACCAGAGUAAACAAGUCGCAUUGGGAGUGGGAAUGGGAACUACCCCGGCUGUGGGCUAUGGGACUGCGCCGGAAGCGGUGUCCGGUCUAGAUCAUCUAAAGAGCCGGGUGAUUUUCACUUACGGGUUCAUGGAGAUGAUGUUCUGGUUAUGGAUCUAUCUCACGGUCCGUGACGAGCGACAGGAGAUCGCGGCUCGCAUUGUCGAUGGAGAUAGGCAGGUGCAGUAA